GCGGACGCGUGAGGAGGAGGAGGAGGAGGAGGAGGAGGAGCUGGGGCGAUCGCGGCCGCGGGUUCCGCAGCUGGGCUCCCUCCUCACAUGGGGCCCCCUCGCUUGCCGCAGCGGCGGGGAAGACCCUCGCCGGGCUGCUGAGGAGCUGGGGCUUGGCCGCGGGUGGGGUAUGCAGCCAUGAGAGGCCGCGCCGCCCGCGGGCCCUGCUGGCGCCGCCGCUCAGGAUCUAACAAAGGCAGAGAAGACGGCAAAUGACCUAAGAUGUGAGUUCUUCCUUGGUAAAAUAAAACCUUGUUUUCAAAAUGGACCGAAGUAAGCGGAAUUCAAUAGCAGGAUUUCCACCACGCUUGGAGCGCACUGAAGACUUUGAUGGUGGCACUGGAGGAGAAGGGACUGCAUCCCAGAUAGGAAGAGUUUGUACCUCUUCAUACAGAGCCCUGAUAAGUGCCUUUUCCAGACUUACUCAUCUUGAUGACUUCACACGUGAAAAAAUCGGCUCUGGUUUCUUCUCUGAUGUGUUCAAGGUAAGGCACAGAACUUCAGACCAGGUAAUGGCUUUGAAGAUGAACACACUGAAGAGCAACAGAGCAAACAUGCUGAAAGAGGUUCAACUUAUGAAUAGACUGUCACAUCCAAACAUCUUAAGGUUUAUGGGUGUCUGUGUGCAUCAAGGACAGCUGCACGCACUUACUGAGUACAUCAACUGUGGUAACCUGGAACAGCUAUUAGACAGUAACCAGCAUCUGCCCUGGACAGUGAGGGUGAAACUGGCAUAUGACGUUGCUAGGGGAAUACGUUAUCUUCACUAUAAAGGCAUUUUCCACCGAGACCUUACAUCCAAGAACUGCUUAAUAAAACAUGAUGAGAAUGGAUACUCUGCAAUAGUGGGAGACUUUGGUUUAGCAGAGAAAAUUCCUGAUCACAGUGAGAAGUUACCAGUUGUGGGUUCUCCCUUCUGGAUGGCACCAGAAGUUCUCAGAGAUGAACCUUACAAUGAAAAGGCAGAUGUGUUCUCCUAUGGUAUAAUUCUGUGUGAGAUUAUAGCAAGAAUACAGGCAGAUCCAGACUAUCUCCCUCGCACAGAAAAUUUUGGAUUGGAUUAUGAUGCCUUCCAGCACAUGGUGGGAGACUGUCCCCCUGACUUCCUCCAGCUGGCCUUCAACUGCUGUAAUAUGGAUCCAAAGUUGCGUCCUUCAUUUGCUGAUAUUGUCAUAACACUGGAGGAGAUUUUAAACCGCCUGAGAAAUGAGGACUCGGAGAGGGAGAGAAAGUUUUUGAACCUUGACAACAAUGAAAGAAAACCCAAAGGGUCAACUGAAAAAGGACCAGGAGUAAAACGAUUGAGUUCCCUGGAUGAUAAGAUCCCACCCAAGUCACCUCGUCCACGCCGUAAUAUCUGGUUGUCACGCAGCCAGUCAGAUAUCUUCUCCCGCAAGCCUUCCAGGAAGAUAAAUGUGCAGGACCCCUACUAUACACCAAACAAAGGGUUAGGCCGGAAAGUUAAUCCCUUCAGUGCCCGGGAGGACCUCAAGGGGGGGAAGAUCAAAUUCUUUGACAUGCCAAGCAAGUCUGUGAUCUCCCUUGUGUUUGACUUGCAUUCUCCAGAGGCAGGUGGAGGCCUGAAAGCCAGCCAGUCCCAGUUACGGCAGGCGUAUAGCACAGACUGGCAAGAAUUCUCCCUUCUUCCUGGGAGGAGAUGCAGAUCACUUCCGCUCUCUCCUGAAUUGCCGCACAAGGAAUAUGGCCUGUUUGGGGGACUGUCUUCAACUGUCAGCAGGUGUGACCCAACCCAGCUAGGUGCAGAGGUUCGGCAAAAACUCCUGAGUAGCAGUAAAUAUGGUGUGUCAGAGAUUCCCCCCUUUCAAGCCAAGCCUCAUAGGCCAGAAUUUCUUCCCAUACCAGGACAAGAAGAAGAUAUGGACUGUUCAGAUGGGCCAGUGGCCCAGGAGGAAAAUGGGUUUUGCCCUGUUGAGGACACAUGUGGAGAGCCAGCAUGUAAUCAGCCACUAGUGCUGGCCCAGCCUGAGCCGCUGUCUUACAAAAAGCUCCCAGUUGAGAAUUCGGUGAACUCUGAGGGACAUGGCUCUUCACAAGUGUUUGUGGGUUGUCUCCCGUCUGAAGAGAUGGAGGUGGAAGAUGACCUACUGAAAAAUACUCCGCUAGAGUCUCCAAAGCCUCUGUUCAGUGUUAGUCCUUCCACUGAGCUGGAGAGAGGGGCAUGGUCCUUCAGGGAGCAGGAUGGGAAGAGUCCUGUCCUGUUGUCUCAGACCUCCUCUGACAUCUCAGCAAGUGGCAGCACGCAGUCAACUUGUGACAUAUGAAGAGAAGGCUAAAACUGAACGUGUCCUUGAGGGAACAGUUGUUCCCAGUCGCUUAAACUCUGUUUUUCUAUAGUGCUGGGGUUCACAUUUGAAAGAGACUCAGCAGAUGGUAGAAACUGGCUGUCAAACAGAUAGCUGCAGACAGUGUCCGGAGAGACUGACUAUUUUACCUUUAUUUCAAACUGUGCUUAUUCCUUUCCCUGCUUUGUAUUAGGAGGGGGAACUAUUCCAGCCAGAAUGGCCAUGUGGGCCCCACAGUCCUUCCAAGAGGCAGCAGCCAGAGCAGGCACCAUGUAAAUAGUUUGACUUGGAUUCCUGCAUGGAGCAUUUCAAGGCCUUAAGCUCCAUGUUGGGUAGAAAGAGUGACCCUUAGGCUUUUCCUCUUCUCUGACUGACCAGCUGCUCUAAACCACUGCAGAUUUUGCAUUAACAUUCUGCAGCAGUGCACAUGAGUUGGAGCCUCUGUUUUAGAAAUGGGCACAGAGCUAUGUUGAGCAGAUAGGAGUGCUCUCUGGUCUCAGAGCGGCUGUGAAUGCUGUUGCAGCAUUAAACAAGCUCUUCUUUCAAAAGCAGCAAAAACAAAACCCCUCAUGCUGGUCACAAUCUGCAGGCUGAGCCACAUGACAAGUACUUUGUGAUUAACAAGAAGAAUCUGUUCCCUGGUGUUUCAUUUUCCCUUGGGAUUUGGUAAUGGUGUGUAAUACAUUAGUAGGGGAAAGCGGGCUGUGGUAAGCACCGCUCUCCUGCUUGCAUAGCUUUUCAUGUACCUGAACCCAAAUGUAGAGGAAGAUUUGCCCAGGGCACAAGAGGAGAGCCAUAUUCCAGGCAUUGUCCUUUCCGGUCUUCUGGAGAAACUGCCAGUGAAAGUACCAGUUGUACUGAGCUUUUGGGGGGGUGGGCUCUUACCUCUGAAGCGCUGAAUGGACAUCGUGAUCUGUUUCUGCAGAAUAGUUGAUUAAAUGCAAUAUCUAGAUCACAGUCGACUAGUACCACAGAGCUAGAAGGGUCAUAUCCACCUCCUCUCUGGUACGACAUCCCAUCUCAUUGAUAUCACUGCAGUAAUGAUGGCUUCUUAUUUAAAACCAGGCUGCUUGACGGAGGACAGGAAUCCCCUGCCCAGGGGAAGCUGCCAGCAGUGUUGCAGCCAUCCAAGUGCUCUUGGAGGAGGGUAGACAGUAGACUCACAGAAGGGCUUUGAAUUGUCAAGCUGAAGAAAAUUAGCUUGUCCCAAAUUAACUUUUUUUUUCUUCUGCAGAAAGAAGCUGUUGUCUUCUGUUGUCUCACUGAGUAGGAUGAUCUUUUUCUUUCUUUCCUUUCUUCCACCAGCAGGUACAUAUGAAAGAAGCAGCAGCACGAGCUUUCAUGUUGCUUGCUGGAACCAGUGUCAGAGAUCCCCGCUCUGGGAUGUGAUAUACAGGAAAGCUUGUUCUAUGAUGAUGUUUGUGCAUGAUCCUGCCCUUUUCCAUUAUCGUUGUCCCAACAACACAGGAUUUUUCUUUUUAACCUAUGUUAUCAUUCCUAACUGAGGUAUGCAUUGCGUGCCUGCUGAGCAGAUGGUGAUGCAGUAGAGACCAGAAUUUCACCCAGGCAGCCUGCUACUCCCUUCCUGCUCUCUUGUAAGGAUGGAAAUGUAAGCUAGUCUCUGACAAAAGCAAGUGUAUUCCUACUCUUUUCCUACUCUUUUCCUAUCUCAAAGAAAGAAUGGAGAAAGCCUGCGUUCUUUCUUGGCUUAGAUGCUUAUCUUUCCAGAGGUGUAGGGAAUCACUUUGUGAGCUAAUAAUUAUUUCUUCUUGUGAAAUCCAUGUUGAACUAAGCAGCAAUUAUCCCUUUGCAGUGGCUGCACAGAAUUAAACAAGAAACCCAGUGUUGCUGAGUUACUUAGUGUGGUCCAUGCCAGAUUAGGGAGCUGUUAGCAGUUUGAAAGAAAAAAUGCCUGCCCUUACCAAGAUCACCCCUUUUGGCCCACACCUCUCUGCCUCUUGAAGGUGCUGGUCUGUAGACAGUCCAUCUUGUGUACCCUGUCUGCAAGACUGGUGUCUGCAGAGUGCAGAGCAGCUUGUGUAGCUGGCACUCUGUGUGUGUAAUUUCCAUGGAGGACAGGGAGACAGUCAGCAGAACAUUUUAGCCACCUAGUUGCCUGCCUGGUGCCCACUUCCUCCGCACCCCUCCCUUUUUUAAGUUUCAUACAGUUGUAAUCGUUCGGGAGGGAAACCAUCAGCACCAGCUUCUGUCGUCACAAGAUGCAUUUAGGUGUGUGACUUCAGACAAACAAGCAAUAACAAGGAAUAGUUUACUUCUGGAUCACCAGGCUGCGAGGAAGCUGCCUGCAGCCUCAUCGGAGAGCACACGCACACCUCCGGCCGCUCUGCGGCCUUGCAUUAGCCCUGAUUGUCAGCGCUGACCCCUCAUCAUGAAGCCUGUUGCCCUCCCUGACACUGACUGCAAAGCCUGUGCAGUCAGCCUUGGGGUACCUCUGUGGCCCCCAUUACAGUGACCUCCUCUGUUCUUACACCACUGUCUCUUAAAAUGCUUCCCUGCUCGAAAUAGCUCCCUCACAAAGCAGCAUGGCUACAUUUUUUUUUUUUUUUGAUGUCUACCCUAAGCACAGCCAGUUGACAUGCAUAGGGCACAUCUAUCAGCUUUUCUAGCUCUUUGUACUGAGGUGGAGAUGUCAGAAACGCCAAGGAAUAGCGGCUCAGGCCUUUCCUGUAUUUGUGGUCUGCAUGGGAAAAGAGGCAUGUGUAUGAAACUGGAGUAGAAGGCCACUUUAAAAUAGCUAAGUGCUUGCUAAAGCCCAGUGCUUCCAAGGGUCUGGAUGCAGUUGGCACUCACUACGUCUCAUCCCUUUGGUUGUGUAAAGCUGAACCUAGGUUGCACCUAGUAAAUACUGCUAGGUCUUCUGCCUACCUGAGAGUGCUUUUCUACUGGGGGCCACUUUCUGACAGCUACUGGUGAACAUGAAUACAAACAUGUGGUCAGCGAACUCCUUGUUUUAUAGUGAUGUGACAAAGUUUUACUGUGAUCGGAUUUUAUCAUGAUUUUUGACUUUCUUAUGGGAGCAGUUCUUGCUCUUUUAAAACACUUUCUACACAUUGCUAGGUUCCCUGAAGAGAUAAAAGAUAUUUUUAAUUCACUUUAAAUCUUUCUAUGUUGAAUUCAUUUAAAUGUCUGUUAUAAGCUAUUUUUGUUGAGGUUGAUAAAAUGCAACUAAGAGAAUGCAUGUGAAUUGCUGCCCCUCUAAAGCAGUGCAGACAAGGGGCUAUAGUAGACUUAUACUUGUUGGAGAGGCAUUGAUGUAUUAUGUGUAACAGAACAUUGGUAUUUUUUUGCCAGUACAACUAAAGACACUUGAAUAAUUCCUGUUUGCACUUAAUGCUAUUGUUUAUAUUGCAUGUCACUACAUUUCUAUGCAAAACGAAUAACCUUUCUUUUGGGAGGAGGGGCAGCCAGAUAUUUGAUUAAGUAUAAAGAUCUUUGCGAGAUGAUCUAUUUUCGUAUUUAUGAAGGAGUUUUACGUCUUAAUAUUUUGCAGUCUGUAAAUAGCUCAACUUGUAAUUAAAGGCUUAGGAAGAAGUUUGUAGCCUGUGUAUAAUAGUAAGUUAACACUGCCAGAAAAAAAAUUCUUUGCAAAAAACCUUUUCUAAUAUUGUGGAUAUUUAUGAAUAUGUAAAGAAAGCACGUCUUGUUUUUAUGUUGAUUGACUUUCUUUUUUUUGAACUAUAGAACUGGUGUAUGUUUUAUUGGAACUGCAAUAAGAAGUAACCAAAGAUGAAUCCAGUUAAAUAUUUUCGUAAUUUUUUUCUUGGUCAGGUUUUGUAAACUUUCCCAACUUGCUUUCAAAAUAAAAAUAAAAUCAA